AUGGAUAAAGUUAUAAAAACCGUAUUGGUUGUGAAAGAUGUUAAAACCGAAGAGCCAUUUCUAACAACGUUACACGAUUUGAAUAUUUCUUCUGAUGAAUCUGAAAUCGAUGACGAGGUAACAUUUUAUGACAAUAAAAAUGCAUUGUUAACUCUUGAAUCGAAUGAUACUUACCGUUCUAAGUUGAAACAGAAAAAUACACAAAAAACGAAAAAAAGAAAAUUGGUCGACGAAAAUGAUGAACGGGCAAUGCAUUUGGCGUCUGAUUGUCUCCCUUUGUCAAAAAAACAAAAACGUAAACAUACAAAAACAAUUAAAUCAACACGGAAAUCUCAAAAAAAGGAAGAAAUAUUGUACUGUUACUGCAGGUCCCCAUACGACAAUGAAUUGCCAAUGAUUGCAUGUGAUAGACAGAGUUGUACAGUGGAAUGGUAUCAUUUCAAGUGUGUGGGUAUAACAGUCGCACCUGAGGGAAAUUGGUACUGUCAGGAAUGUCAAAAUACAUAA